GAAAAGAAGUCUUCCCGGAGAAGAGAGACGGUGCAUUCGAGAUCGGUUGACUUCAAGUAAUCGAGAUCAUUCGAAAUACCAAAUGGAUUUCUUUCUACUAUAAACAGGGUUACACAUCGAGCACUUCCAAUGGCAUUGCCGUUCCCCAUUAUAAUGCCAUAUUCUUAAACUGCUUUCCGAAGACAAUCGGACGAUGAUCCUGGCAGCGGACGGGACGUGCCCUAUCGAUCUACGCGCGGAAACCUCGACGUCCUUAUCAGAGGCUGCGGAGGACCUUGUUCGGAUACCCCUUGAGAGCUGCGUCUACAGGGGCGAAGGAAACUCCAACAUCGUCGUUGCUCUGCUUCCGUGCAACGCGCGGCGCGUUGCGAAACCGUCCAGAGGCAAAAGACUACCUGGAGGAAGACAUGAUAAGGAGCACAAAGUCAUCCGGUUCCGCAAACGUGAUCCAUCCGAAGGCCCCACAGACGGUGGGAAAAGACGAGCUCGGAGAGAAGUGGAAUUCCAGGAGAAGGUGGUCUCUAAUUUCCUCGGCUGUUACAUCGAAGUGCCGCGAAUUCUGCGUAUCUGCCCUCGGGAUAAGGCGAAGCUCUUGGAAGCCAUCCGACCAUUUCGACCAGAACGUCGUCGCGAUCAAGAGAUCGUCGAAGAAUAUGCUACAGAGUAUUUGGAUUACACGUUUCUGCCGUUCGCUUCGAGAUUUAAUGAAGAAACGACAGCUUCGAAUUCGACCUUCUGCGUGGAGAUUAAACCAAAGCAAGGCUAUGUACCUAAAAGAGAUCGUCAAUUCCAGAUGUGUCCUUACUGCCUUGCUCAGUAUUACAAGCUGAAGAAAGGAGCAAUCAGGAAUCGAAGUAAUUACUGUCCUAUGGAUCUCUUCUCUGGAGAACGCGAACGAAUGCGCCGGGCUGUUCACGGGCUGUUGGAGGCGCCGCAAAAUAAUCUAAAAAUAUUCAAAGAUGGCAUUGUCGUUUACGACCAUGAUUCUUACCCUGAGAAUAUCGAACGGAUAUUCGCGGAAUGGUUUCAGGGUAGCCGUUUCGGGAGCAAUGAACAGUACGUGGACAAGUUUGUAAAUCUUGUUUGCGAGGCUCUUCUGUAUCCUUUCCCACGGAAUACACGGCCGAGUGGUCCGAUAAUCGAGCCUCGGAUUGAAAUGCUUCAUCGGCACGAUACUCUACCUAGAUUCAGACAAGAAAUCGUCGCCAAGGCCAGACAAAUGAUCUCUUUUGCUGGCAAGAGUUGUGACCUUAAGGGAGGAGAGCUGCCGGAAGGCUCGGUAUUGGAGAGAAUAUUACGCAUGCAACAGCUACCGUACUGUUCUGCCGAUGUUGUGUAUCAAGCGUACAACAAGUACUUUGCAACACUUAGCAAGGAAGCAAUAUACUCUGACAUCAUGGAGAUGUACUGGUCUGGUGAAGAUACACCAUCACUUCCUAAGAAUAUGGUUCUCUGUAACAACUGUACAGAUGUGGACGACGACAAUAUUUUAACCGAAAGUGAUGAAAUGAUUUCAUCACAACGAAUUCUCUCUUCAAAAAGUUCGAAAGGAGAUGUUAAUCGAAACCAACGAAAGUGGCCAACGAGUUCUGAAACUUACAACGAAAUGGAGGUGACGGAUGCAAGUCAUACUCCUUGUUUUGAAACAACUCUGAAUAGCUGCAGAUGCAGCAAUAACAAUAUCAAAGCAAACAGUCAGUCUAAUAGUGAAAUAUUAGAUUUUACCGUUAACGGUAUUCCGAGCCUCGACGAGUGCCUUGCAUUGCAGAAUUAUUUAUUCUCCGUUACAGCGAAAGAUUGUUCGAUACUCAUAUCCUUCAAAGAACUUGAACCGUCUGCUUGCGAACGUGUUCCUGACGUCCAUAUCGUGCGGCUUCUUGAUGGGGAUACAUUUAUGGUUAAAGUGGCUGUUGUUGAUUUAGAUCCAAAACAAGUGCACUGUAUCAGAAGACAUCAUCAGCGAGACGUCAACAUCCUUAAUGCUGCGAUACAGGCUCUGGAAACAGAAGUAGAAUCUAGAAAAUUAAUUAGCCUAGAGAAAUUGAGAGUUGAACAGUGACAUUAACUGUUAAUAUUUCAGUAGAUUGAAAAACGAAGAGUUGAGUAACGAAUAAGACUGGAUUAAUUUAUGAAUCCAAUAUGUUUAAGUAUGAUCAGUGAAAUGCUAAUUGACUACCACACAUCAAUGUUUUAUAACAUUUAUUUUAUUUCUCCAUAGUUUGUUAAGUAAUUUGAAUAUGCUUAUACACAUUAAGCAUUCGUUAUGUGAUACAUGUGUAACUAUAUUAACAAUAAUGAACUAUGAUUUUUAUACAAGUACAAGCGAAAUAGCUGUGUAAGGUAUAAUUAUAAAUUAUUAAUGAAUGUUCUAGUCCUUUUUACAUUAAAACAACGUUUGUAAUGCAAUGUUUAUGAUCGAAUGAUGGCCGUCAGUCGAAUAUACGUUUACAUAGUGAUAAAGUGUCAUUAUGGAUUGUAACUUUCAUCGAAUAUAGAGUAAAUUUUCUGGUGAAUAUUAUCUA